CAGGCACAACAUGGACCCAGGAGAUAGUUUGGCUCAUACACAAUAAUGGAGACAUUGAGGCCGCAAAGAAAACACCUUUAUUCAUGAGAUUCCCAUUCAUGGAUUUCAAACAAGAAUUUAACGCAAUCAAGACCAUGUCAAGCCCUCGACUUAUCAAGACACAUCUAAAUUACCCAGCAUUCUCAGCAAUGUAUGAUUCUAAUCAAACUGAUCGCCCAAAGAUUAUCUAUGUCGUAAGAAACCCAAAAGAUGUUGCUGUAUCAUACUACAACUUUUACAAAAUGAACACGAGUUUAGGCAGUUUUACUGGCCCAUUCAGUGAAUUCUUGAGCAUGUUUAUGGAAGGUUACGUCUGCAUUGGAGACUACUUCAAAAAUGUCUUAGGCUGGUACGAGGCAUCCACCAAGGAUGAUCAUAUAUUGUUGAUCAAGUAUGAAGACCUCAAAAAAUCCCCCUUGGAGCAGAUCAAGCAAAUUGCAGGCUUCCUCGAGAAAGAUCUUGGUGAUGACGUCCUUAAGGCAAUAUGCGACCAUGUGUCUUUUGCAAAUAUGAAGGCCAACCCGAUGGUGAACUAUGAGGGGUUCCCAAUAAUGAAUCAUGAUAUUUCACCAUUUAUGAGGAAGGGGGAGAUUGGGGACUGGAAGAACUACUUCACAACUGAAGAAGAUGCUGCAUUUAUGAAAUUGUACCGGGAGAAAAUGAAAGACAGAAGUCUCACAUUUGACUUUGAAUAAAACAUAAUAUUUCCAAUGAGUGGAUUUUACAAUUACAUAUAUAUUAGAUAGUAGAUGGGACAGAGGCAAGUUGAUAGUAAGCUUUGGAAACAAAUGUCACAAUUGUACAAUAUUUUUUGCUUUUUUAUUAUUCCAUAUCAUGUUUUUUCCUAAAAUGUCCAACGCUUCUCACUUUAUUUCAGCAUAACCCUUUAAUUUUUAAUAUUCUCUGGCAAAGAAGUGAAACAUUUAUUGAAAAAGUAUACUUAUAUAUACAUAGACUAAUUAUUCCAGUUAUAAAGUGAAAACAUACCCAUGAAAGGAGGAGUCUCUGUUUUGGUUGAUCGACUGGCCUUAUAAGAAAAUACUGUUUGCGGAGGCGCCAACCUAUAUCAGGGAGAGGCUCGACAACCUCCCAACGUGGCUCUGAGCGAAAAAACAUAGACACAUGCUGGAGUGCCGCCUCUGAAAUGUAUACAUGGAAAUCAAAUAUAUAUUUUUAUAGCUUAGCUAAAUCCGUUAUUUUAUACAUACAUGUAAAUAU